AUGCCGCGCCAAGUAAACAACGAGCACGUAAAGCAGCAGCUACGACAGCAGCAGCGGACGUGGGAAGCCGAGCAGUCUCCCGGCAGUGGUUCUACUUGUGCAGGUCUGCAGAUCUGGAGCAUUGGGAAGCUCCUGCAUGUCGUCAAGACGUCGCUGGCCGCUGAGAAUCCUCAAGAGACUCUGAAUCCAAAUGGCAUUGUUCGUCAUACUGUUGGAUGUGUGGACCAGCAUCGAGUGGCGUCGCAAACAAAAGCAGGGGACGCUGUGACGUAUACGUCGAGUCGCGUGUGGGUCACAGGAUUUCUCUAUUUUGGAGAACAAGUCGACAAUUGCGACGUGUUGCAUCUAUGUGACUGCAAACACAAGCUGCCAAGUUUGCUUCUCGACCCACGUCCGUUCUUGGUGGAUCAGUUGGUGCUGGUGAAACACUGGGUGCUAGUAGAGAAGGCUCUCGGUGGUGUGUCCACCUCUGAUUCAGUGUUUCUCGAGAUACACGACCAGUGCCCGGCGCCGUUACUACCGGUGGAUGAAACGGACGAGCAUUGGACACAAGAGGACGUGCUACGAUUACUUAGAGCGAGCUACAAGACAAUCGACCCACCGAUGUAUUCCGCAACAGCAAAGCGGAAACGUGUGCAUGCAGUGUAUGGUCGUAUCACAAGCGUGAGUUCGAUUUCGCGGCAAAGAGAUUGUGUAAGCAGCCACUUUUUUGUAGAGGUGGAGCACCCUCGUAGCUCUAAUGAGACGCAAAGUGCUGUCAUUGUGAUGUUUACUGGACUCUAUAGUAUGCGCUGGCACUUGUUCCUGCACCCUGGAAAAACCGUGUUACUUACGGACUUGGUGAAAGUGUAUUCCCGAGAGUGCGAAGUGUUCUUGCUUCAAGCCACACAUGCACACCCGCCUGACCACGUUUCGAAGCAGACGGGGAAAACUAUCGUGCAUUUGUGGGAAGCGCCAGCCUCCUCCUGUGACGUCAUGUCAGAAUGGAUUGACGAUUCGCUCAAAUCGUGCUCGAUGGAUCACGCUUUACGCUGCAGCGGGAAGCUUCUGGACUACGAAGGCAAAGUGGUUCGUUUGGUAUGGGACGAGUGUAUCGAACUAGAAGGAUUGAGCGGGACACGAGUUGUCGUUUCGCUCUUUCACUUUCCGCUCGAACAAGAACUGGUUCGACUCCGCAAAGGUGCUCGCGUUCGGGUCUGCGGCGCUCACGUUCUCCGGUGGCCCACGCCGGCUGGUGGUCGAUUGAUGAUCGGCUUGUGCCCAAGAAGUCACUUUGCUGUCGUGACUUUCGGUGAUCCGAGUGGUCCAUGCAUUACACCGGAUACCGUCUCUCAUCGAAACAGAACAAACAAGAAAUGGUCGUAUCUGGGUGACGUCCACGCUCAAUCGGCGGUGCUGUCCAUGUGGCUUCUAGAACUUCUGGAGGUAAUGGACAAGAAGUUCUUCUUCGGAGAAGUCAAGCAAGCGCAUUUUCGGUCUCCGUCGUUAUCAUUUCCACACACUCGACGUCGACAAGCGGUUGCUCAAGUGGCAAGGAAAAUGGGCUUUUUGCGGGGUGAUGGCCGCAAUCGAGCAGCGAUGACUCUCAGUGCCUUCUUUCUCAAAUGUCACGCUGCGAACGCGGACAAUUGCAUCAGCUUAUCUUUGCCCCGCCGUGAAAGGAUGUUGACGUGGACGAAGGCAUUUACAAUACUCGAGCUUCAAUCUUUUGUCGAGAGCAACUUGGACCAUAUCACUAACGCGGGAUCUGGUGGUUUCGAAAAGUUUGGCGAACGUCGAUCUGUACAUAUGUCGGCCAAGGAUCUUGACUGGUGCCUUCUUCUUGCUUGUAUUCGAGGAAGUAUUGACAACGGGGACCUGGAAGUUUAUGACCGUACGGCGUCGAUUUCCAUGAUAUUAGACUGUAGCGAGAAGGGACUAGAGUUCGUCGGCGGUCGUGGCAUGUACUUGAUUCGUAAUUUUGAUAUCAUGGUCGAUUAUGCCGACCCGUUCGACGAAGUCCAGCUUCCGGUGGUUUUGUGCUUACAGUGCUCAGUGGCCGACGUUGUAUUCGUUUCAAUGAGUAAGGACGAACAUGUAAGUACUUCACUUGAAGAAAAGGCUACACGUGACGCGCAGGAAUCGCAGGAGGUGGUGUUCUUGGUAAGCCAUGUUGACGCUUUACCGCGAUCCUGUAUUCGGUCAGCAGGAUCCUUGCCAGAGUAUCGAGUUUUCCAUGGCAUCGCAUGUCCAGUAGGUGACGGUCUUCAACCAGAUCGCUUUAUGAAGUCAGUGUGCACUGCUAAUAUCUUGGUCAGCUCACAAAGCAGUCACUGGUACAUUCAGAAAGGAGGCUGCUAUCGAGUACGGGCGCAUGAAGUCGUCAAAAGCGGCGGCGGGCCGCGCGUCCCAUCUCACUACAGUAUCGAAGACUCGGCAGUGGACGUAUCGAUUGACUACUGGGAGAAAGUUGCGGAAGCUGAAGACGACAAACUCCUUUGCUUCGAUUCUUUGAGUCGUCUUCAUUGCCGACGCAAUGGCACGCUCAUGAACGGAGGGCGUCAUUUUCGAGUGUACCAAGCGGAUUCUCAUCCGAUUGUUCCAGUGAGACUAGAAUGCCAUACCUUCGAGUGGGCGCGGUGCAAAUUGCAUGAUAUAUGCCAACAAGCCCACAUCGAUGAUAGCGGCCUUGUGGUAGCGUGUGCGAAUGACGGAGCAUGUUAUACGAAAGUGGCAGGGACAGUUGAAGCUCGACAUCUGAUAAGACGAGUACCGAUUGAAGCUACCGCUUCUGAAAUAAUGGCAAUGAGCGCUCUUCGAUAUUUUCUCGAGCAGUCAGAAGAAGUCGUUCAAGUCUCGAGCCUGCUUCAGCAACCGCUGAUAAGUCCGCCGCAACGGUUCGUCGGUGCGUUCAGCGUUGGAGAGCAGUCAGUUGCGAUGAUACUCGACCCAAAUCUGCACAAGCCUCAUCUUGUAUCUGUGAUAGGGAUGAUCACGACAAAGAAGUACUACUGGCGGUCUAGCGCCCAGCAUCAGCCACUUGCUAGUGGUGUGCCUAGUACUGUGGAGGGUGUUUGGAAACGCGACAGCAACGUUGCUAGAGACUUGAGUCGACGGUUGAUGUGCGUCCUAUCUAUUCGCGAUCUGCACCAUCUCGAUACUGUUGACGUUCGUGCAGAUACGUCACUCUUUGGUUUGCUGGGCACGUUGCAACAGGGUGCCGUCGUGGAACUCUCGAGACUGCAUGGAUUUAUCGCACGGGCAAGCUACAAGGUUUUCCUGAAGUGGAGUCACUCGACAGCAGCUCGACGUCUAGUUACGACAAGCGACUGCUUGCCGGUACCAUGCAGUGCAGAACUCUUCGGCUCUUUGAGAACGACGUUUAUUAAUGACCUCUACUACGCUUCAACCAUCGACCAAACGUUGUAUCGUUACGUGGUUGGAGUGAUGCACAUAAGCUACGUGUUGCUAAAGCGCAAAUGUCGAUUGUGUCACCAGGUGAUGCAGCUCGACAAGCGUCGGGGCCGUUGGAAACAUGAAGAGCCGCAAGUCGAGUCGCAAUCGUCGGGCGACUGUGCGUGGCGAUGGAAGCAAAUGUCGCCAUCUGACCUAAUGAUGAGAGCUCGGACGUACAUGGGGACGACCGUGCGAUGUAUCAUUGACGAUGGCUCUGGUCAAGCAGAGUUGUUCUUGGAAGACGACGUUGCGUGGGAGUUGCUCACAUGUUCGGAUGGUCAGCGCCGACGUUUCGACGACAUUGUGCAGAACUAUGUGGACCGACUGAGUUACUUUUCUGGACGCUCUGCGACGGCUUCUUUUGCAACAAGCAAAGCAGAGCGAGAGCAGGAAUACUACCAGAACGAAUUGCGGGCAUUUGUGGUCGAUGCGAUGCCGUCGCUGAGAUCGAUUGUGGUGGUUGCCCGGCAGUUUUUCAGUGCAAAGCAGAAAGAAAACACAUCUGUGCUUACGUUCGGCAAGGAUGUCCACAUUACAACGUCAACGGUGACACUGCCGAAAUUAGAGGCCAAACGCGUCGAUCGAGUGCAUGUUCGAGACGAAUUGAGACGGCGACUCGCACAGCUUCAGUUGCAGUUGUCGUGUGCGUCUUCAGAUUAG